CCAAUCUUCCUCCCAGCCAUCUACACCACACGAAAUCAAAGACUAGCACAAUGACUAUCCCUUCAGCACCCCAUCCUACUUUUCCAGCAGGCAAUCACAAAGCCUACAUGGAAUAUGCUUCCGAACAGGCCCGUCUCUCACCCCCCGCCCCCACCAAGUUUUGUGUCGGGGCGGUCCUCGUCGACGCAGACCAAAACCAAAUCCUCUCCACCGGAUAUUCCAUGGAGCCGUGCAACAAAAGGCUGAGCGGGAGUCGCACUUGCGUGCAGCGGAUACUGGCGCUGGGAAGCGCAAUUAAAGUGAUCUACGUCGGAAUCAGAGAGCCAGAGAAAUUCAUCGGCGAGAACACGGGAAGGAAGCGGCUCGAGGAUGCCGGUGUCCUGGUGGAGUUCGUGGAAGGAAUGGAGGACGAGAUCAUGAAAGUAUCGACAGCAGGGCAUUAGCCCCUUAUCAGCUCUGUUACAGUCGAGGCGUCUCUACCGCCCUUCACGCAGAUAGAAUCAACUGUCCCGAAUUUUGCGAGAAUCAUGCUCAUGA